GUCGGCCAUUAUAUAUAUCAUUUUGUGAUAUAUAUAUAAUGGCUUGAAACUUGUCCCGAAGAAGCGUCCUGGCUUGGCAUAGCUUCUUGAGAGGGUGGCACGCGUUCUCAGAGUGAGGAGGGCGCCGUGGCAAGUUCGUUUUGACCCUAACGACCCGCCGUGCUUGUCUUUUCCUCAGUCGCACACAAGGAUGUUCAAGGUGCCUCCCUGCUGUUCCCGUUGAUCUUCUUCCUUGAGCGAGUCAUUCUAAUCACCAUUACUUCCUAAAAACGUUUUCCGUCUUGGUCACCUAUUUCCCGCGCAUGUGCAGAAGGACCGGCGUGAGGCCCGGCGGCAUACACUUAACGGAAGGAUUGCUGCCGGGCCCCCACUGUUCCCUGCGUCAUCACCUGGUGCGCGCCGGAGAUACGCAGGUAUCUUCACUUGUCUUCAAACCUCGUGUGUGUUUUAGUGUUGCUGUAGCUUGGCGUGGGACAGAGAGUUGUUUAGCCACACUGCAGCUUGAUGUUUCCUAGUGCCUAGAUAAGGUCUGCUUGUUCUUGUCAGCCAACACGAUGACGGUCGGCGCGAGGCGAGCACAGCGGCUGGUGAACUUCAGCAAUAAGGUGGAGGUGUACGACACGCUGUACACACGCACACAGGAGGAUGGCGUGUGCUCAGCCAAGGUGUGCCACGGCUCCCUCAUGAACAUACGCCGGAUGAAGGCAGUGCCCAGGGCGCCCUCCGAGGUCCUGCUCCAAGCCAAGUCCUUCCUAAAAGAGUAUUACGCCUCCCUCAAAAAGUCUGGCAGCGUGGAGGAGGAAGCGCGUUGGCAGGAGGUGGUGGCCGCCGUGGAGGGGCGCGGCACCUACAGACCCACGCGCCAAGAGCUGGAGUUCGGGGCAAAGCUGGCCUGGAGGAACGCCCCGCGCUGCAUAGGACGCAUUCAGUGGACGAGGCUGGAGGUGUUCGAUGCCCGAGACGUGAGUACCCCCAAGGAGAUGUUUGAGGCGCUGUGCAGACACCUCGAGUACGCCACCAACGAGGGAAACAUAAGGUCGGCCAUCACGGUGUUCCCGGAGCGGGUGGCGGGGCGGCGAGACUUCCGCGUGUGGAACCAACAGCUCGUCGCCUACGCCGGCUACAAGAAUGAGGACGGCUCCGUGACCGGCGACCCAGCCUACGUGGAGUUCACUCAGGUCUGUGAGAGCCUCGGGUGGCGGGGCAAGAGGAGCCGCUUCGACGCGCUGCCGCUGGUGAUGACAGCAGCCACUGGCGACCCGGAGUGGUUUGAGCUGCCGGAUGAACUUGUGCUCAGAGUGCCACUGAAGCACCCAAAGUACGACUGGUUCGCCGAGAUGGGCCUGGAGUGGCUCGCCGUGCCCGCCGUGUCGUCCAUGAUGCUGGACGUGGGCGGUGUGCAGUACACGGCCGCGCCCUUCAACGGCUGGUACAUGUCCUCCGAGGUGGCCAGCAGGGACCUGUGCGACGCCCAGCGGUACAACCUUCUGCAGGUAUUUGGCGAGAAAAUGGGCCUCGAGACCAAUUCCAACCUGACACUGUGGAAGGACGAGGUCAACGUGGAGGUGAACAAGGCCGUCUUACACUCCUACGAGGUGGCCGGCGUGACUCUCGUUGAUCACCACACCGCGGCCGAGUCGUUCAUUCAGUUCAUGGCCAACGAGCAGAAUGAGCGAGGAGGCUGCCCCGCGGACUGGGUGUGGAUCGUGCCGCCCAUCUCCGGCUCUCUCACGCCCGUCUUCCACCAAGAGAUGUCCCUCUACUAUCUCAAGCCCGGCUACGAGUACCAGCACCCCGCCUGGGAGGACUAUGCCCGCUACACGCGAGGGGCCGAUGCGCUCUCACCCUCGCAGCUCUUCAGGAAGGUGGCGCUGGCCGCCUUGUUCACCAGCAGCCUGUACCGCAAAACCCUGGCCCACCGGCUCCCCGUCACCAUCCUGUACGCCACGGAGACGGGCCGCUCGCAGCUCUACGCUCACCAGCUCUCGCAGGCACUCAAGCGGCACUUCGAUCCCAAGGUGCUGAACAUCAAGGAUUUCCAGCUCACGGCUGCCGGCGCCCUGGGGCCGCGCACGGCACUGCUGGUGCUCGCCUCCACUACAGGGGACGGUGACCCCCCGCUGGACGCGGAGGUUUUCAUCAAGACUCUGUACGGACUCAAGCAAGAGGCUCUCUGUGCCAACAACAACGUCGUGAAUGGCUACGGUGAUGACGGAAAACACAGCGCAGGAACGCACGCCGCCGACGACCGGAACAACUUUACGUCAGGUUUCUCCGAAGUCUACGCGCAGUUCAAAAGAAGGACGAUCGACAAUGUUACCGGUGUGCAGGGCGUGACAUCAGUAGUCAUCGAGGACAAGGAGGAUGGUAGGGAGAAGAAGAGGAGGAACCGCGGGGGCCUGAUGAGGAUGCUGCAGUCGGUGAUGUGGGGUGGCGGCGGACAGAACAAGACACACGAACAGGACAAAGCCAUGGACAACAACAACAACCCCACCCUCCCCGCCACCGGCCUCAGGUUUGCCGUGUUCGCGUUGGGCUCCACCAAGUACAAGCAUUUCUGCCUCUUCGGGAAGUACUUGAACAGCCUGCUGGAGGAGUGUGGCGGCCGAGCGCUCACACCCAUCACGUGCUCCGACGAACUUAACCACCAGGAGCAAACCUUCCACACCUGGCAGGACCACAUUCUCAAGGUGCUGGGGGAGGAGGAGCAGUUGGAGGGCAUCCAGGAAAGCAGCAUGAUCAAGGUGGAAGAUCUGAGGCCUAGCAAUGUGAGACUGACGCGGUGCACUGCUACGCCCUUAACUCUUGAUAAGGGUCUUUCACAGGUGUACAGGAAGAGCGUGCAGGCCUGCCCCGUGCUGGAGUCCGAGAUGCUCUUUGACCGCGACGAGAGGUGGACACAGAAGGUUGUCCUCAAAGCUGGGGAGGAAACUGGGCAGCCACUCUACACCCCUGGCGAUCAUGUGGGGCUCUUCCCUCACAACCCUACUGGACUAGUGUCCUCCCUACUGGCCCAGCUGUCCCACCUCCCCCACCCCGAGGAGCCCGUCCAGGUGGAGGUCAGACCCAACAAAGACUCAGAGUGGGAGACAGACACCCGCCUUCCCCCAGCCACCCUCCGCAACCUGCUAACUCACUACCUUGACCUCACUUCACCCCCGUCUCCUGCCUUCCUGCUCAUGUUGGCCGCCCAUGCCACGCACCCGCCCCACGGACGUCGCCUCACCAGCCUCGCCAAGGACCAGAAGCAGUACCAGGAGUGGAGGGAGUGGAGGUGGCCCAAUGUGGUGGAGGUGCUGGAGGAGUUUCCGAGCGUAACCCUGGAGGCGGGAGUGGUUGUGGCCGGCCUCCCUCUCCUCCAGUCCCGUUACUACUCUGUCAGCUCCAGCCCCGCCCUCUACCCUGGCGAGCUGCACCUUACUCUGUCUGGUGUUCAGUACCAAACUCAAGGGGGCAGCGGGCAGGUGCACCGUGGUGUGGCGACAGGAUACCUAAGGCAGGUGACACCAGGGGAGCAGGUGCACCUGUUCUUUAAGAGCGCACCCACGUUCCACCUCCCACAAGACAUGUCCGUCCCUGUCAUCCUGGUUGGGGCGGGCAGCGGCGUGGCCCCCCUGAGAAGCUUCUGGCAGCACUACCACUAUUUGAAGGGGAAAGGCGUACACACAGGGACACUCACUCUGUACUUCGGGUGCCGUGAGGAAGGUGAGGAUCUGUAUGGUGAAGAAAAGUGGGCCAUGGUGCGGGAGGGCGGCCUCACGAGGCACCACACGGCCCUCUCCAGGACACCCCACUUGCCCAAGAUGUACGCCCAGGACCUGCUGCGUGUAUACGGCAAGGAGGUGUUCACACAACUGGUGGAGGAGAAUGGACACCUGUAUGUGUGUGGAAGUCAGGCGCUGGCAGAUGGUGUGUCAGCAGCCCUAGAGCACAUCCUGAUGGAUCAGGGUAAACUGAAGCCUCAGCAGUCUUCAGCACUGCUUUCUAACCUCAAGGGUGAGGGCCGCUACCACGAGGAUAUCUUCAGUACAAGACUCUCCUAGGAAGGCAACAAGAAGGGGCUGCAGGCACACAAGAGGCUGCCCAAAUCUCCUUCCUCUCAUUGCAACCAUUUGGUCUUGCCUCACUGUGCCACAGAUUUCAGCUAUAGUCUAGUUUUUUAUCGAGGUAAAAAUGCACUUGCCUGCAGAGGUGCCCUUUUCCCAUGGUAAGUUUCCUGCUGGCUAAAUAGUUGAAUAUACUAUGUCUGAAUACGUACUUUUAUUUGAAACGAUUACCAGGUAACGUGAACCAACACUUAUUUACUAACUCCAGUCUUUCUCCCCGAUAUAUGUUAUGCCAAUUAAAAAUGAUAAUGAGUAAAAAUAUUAUGAAGUGAGGUGGUGCUUAGUGGUAAACCUCAAUUUGUUGACAACAGCCACCAAAGUUAGCAACACAAGCAUGUGUUUGGAUGCCACUACUUCAUAUGCAUUUUUUCACAUAUUUUAACACAGAUUAAGACAAGUUGCACUAAAAACAAGAAAACAUGUAAUUAUUAACUCUAUUUAUGAAGUCCAGAAUCUACUCAAAUGACUUGGAUGAGAGCAUGAGUGUAUCCGUUGUAGAAGGCUAAUAAAUAUAAUGAUGAUCAUGAGAAAAAAUAUAUAUGAAUUAGCAUGGCUCUGAGAAUAUGCUUGUGUUGCUGACUUGGGCAACAGAUGUCAACAAACCAAGACUUACCACUUACCAGCACAUUACUUUACAAUCUCCAUACUCGCUAUCACUUUUAAUUGACAUAACAUAUAUUGGAGGGAGAGACUUGAGUUAGCAGGUAAGUGUUGGUUCAUGUUAACUGGUAAUUGUUUAAAAUAAAAUGAUGUAUUCAGUUAUCGUGUGCUCAGCCAAUCAGCUAAAAGAAAUCUUUCCGUGGGAAAAGGGCACCUCUGCGGGCAAGUGCAUUUUCGCCUCGACAAAAAACUAGACAAUAGCUUAGGAAGUGAAAAAUAUCAGAAGAACAAAGGUCUAAUAUUUUCUUUUACUUUACAUACACUAGACAUAUAUAGUAUUGUACAGACUAUCAACAUUAUAUAAUUAAUAACCCAUACUAUGAACUGGAAAGCUGUAAGGAACUGUCUGACAUUUCCCUCUCCCUUCAAUAGAUAUAAUAAAAAGACAUUAUAAAAACAUUUAUGGAUAUGCAGCAGACUGUAAUGGAGGAUUGCACAAGGAUACGUUAUGCUGUUCUAAAAGUAGAGGGACUGGCAUGACUGCAAAAGAAGAGGUCAGAAGGAAUGCAUAGCUACACUCAAGACUGUCAGCACUGAGGACCUGCUAAGGCUGCAGUGUUUGAAAGGCUGUGAAACUACCGAGACAGGGUUUAUGUUGUAAUGUAUAGUUGCCGUUGAGAGAUAUUUUAAGAGAAUAUAUUACUGUAUUUAGCAUAGACAAAAAAUAUUAUCUAACGCUUAAAUUUUUUACUAGCAUAGGAGAG